GAACUUAAGAGUUGCAGAAUCUAACAACAGCACUAGAAGGCCUGUAAUCUCCUUUCAAGAGAACUUCGACAAAUAAUAGCCCCUUGACUUAUUUGAACACAUGGAAAUAUUAUGGAAUUCUGCCCUAUUUUAUGCCAGUCAGAACCAGAUACAGGAUGUAACUUGAGACAUGAAAAUUUUGCAUGUCAACCCCCUCCCCUAGCUUCAAGGAAACUCUGUUUAAUUGUGAAGUGGUGAGUCUGGAUCACUUGGUCAAUUGUCUUUCAAAUCAGGGAAUAAAGUUGAAUCUUUUUUUGGUGUUAAUUUUUAUAUUUGUUGUACAUUCAGAAAAGCACUGCUGUUAGUAACUUGCAAAAUGCCCCCAAGGUAAUUUGCAUAAAUUGUAAAGAUGAUGUGCCCCUGACGUUAUGGCAAGACCAUCAGAUGAUCUGUGAGGGAGGGUCAUCCAAGGAGACAGGGGACAGAUGUGAGGUGUGUAAUGGAUGGAAUGUGAGAUUAAAUUUGCUUUAUGAACAUGUAAAAUGGAUACUCUUCUAUCUAGUGUCGCUUAGGUUUAUGAGUACAGUAUUCUCUAUAUUUACCAUAUUUUUUGUACCUGUAGUGUAUUCUUGUCUUAAUCAAAACCUAAAGAGAUUUAGUGUAUGUAAAAUGCAUAUCGUGAUAUCUAAGAUUGUUAUAUCAGGGUUGUGUCCCACACAAGUUUUUUAAUUUGUAGCCUGUAGUGAAUGGAAACUUUUUUCCUCUACUCAUUGGUUUUUUUAAUUGAUAUAUUUCCACUUGAAUUUAAGUUUUGAAUAAGUGAAGUACUUGUAAGAUACAACGAUCCAUUGUUGAAUUGUUACUUGAGUCAAAGUCAUUCAGUUAUAGCUAAUAGAGAAACCGAUAUACAUGCAUAGUGAUAGGGCUGUGCUUUUUUUAUUCCACAGGAGUCGAGGGAUGAUAGGGAUAAUUAUGUACAUACCCCAAUGGUCCAAAAGUCAAGCACAGAGGAGAGGUUUGCCUAAAAAACUCUUCCUUUAGUUACUCAUGCUUUAUUAUUAUAUUUAAUUAAUGUUUUUCAGUAUAUCCCAUAAAUUAAGGGUUAAUGUUUUUUUAAGUUGUUUUCCAAUGCCAAUACUGCCGUUUACAGAUUUAGAUUUAGCCAGAUUGGCUUUUUCCUGGCAACAUAAUAACAUUCACAAGUUUUUAUUUAUAGUUUACAGAAUACCUAAUAUGAAUUUACAUUCGUAUAAACAUACCUUAUUUCAACUCCCUUAAAAGGCUUGUCAGUUACAAGACAAGUUAGAAUGAAUAAUGAAUACAAGCUAUUUAAAAUAUAAUAAAUUAUUGAUUGGAAAGAAGUACUGUAAAGACUGGCAGAUAAGCCCCACCUUUUUUGCAAAAAUUUUCGAUCAAAAUCAUAGGUGACCAGGUGUCCAGUUAUUAUGCCUGAGCACUAAGCUUCAAACAGUCCACGCAACAAAACAGCAAAAUUCUAUGGAAAAACUGUCUUGAAUGGAGAAAUAAUACCUGUUAACAAAUACUAGAAUAAUGAAUAAUAUCAAUCAUAUGUCAUAAGUGGUGGACAUGAUGUUUGUUCUACUAAAGAGCCAAAAUUAUGGUUUCAUUGUUGGCGAGUUUACCUUGGAUGAAGACAGAAGACUUCUUAGACUAGACUUUUGGAUUUCUUUUGAGUUUUUGUCUUAAAAAUUUUUUUCCCAAAUUUGAGUUGCUAAACUUGGCAUGCGGCUUAUCUGCGAGUUUUUAGGGUAGUUUGAUAAGUCACCUUUUUAAAGACGUUAUGAUUCAGUUGAUUCCAUUAGGCAUAACUUUUCACACAUCUGUAAUGUUGUCUUAAUAUUAAAAUUUUAUUGUAGUAAAGAUUUAUCUUUUGGAAACUUGUUCUGCUUACAAAUAAUAUUGAUAAAAAUAACAGUACCUCUGUGGAAAGAAAUGAGAAUCAAAGACACAUUAAUAUACAAAUGUACCUCCACUUGCUAAUAAAAGGCAAAGAAACAUUCUUUUGAAAUCAAAAUACUAAGUUCUGACAUUUUUUUGGAUUUAAUUUAAGGCUAAGUGCAACAAGUCAGUUUUUGUGAUCUUACAUUACUUAGUUAUAUUCUACUAUUAAUGGGUUUUUAAUUAGAAACACCACGCAGCCAACUGGUGAAUUCUCUUCAGCAGCAGUACCUAUAAAGGUGAGUUGCUUAUAAUAACUUGAGAUGAGAUUUGAAAUGGAGUAGAAAAAGUAUUCACCAAAAACACAAUAUUCUUUCACUCUCAACAGUGGUUUUCACGUAAAAUGUUACUCUCAAUGUCAUCUUUUUAUCCACAGAACUUUGAUGAAAUGCUUGGUGAAAUAUUGGAUGUGAUCCCCGAUGCCAAUGAACAAGAUGUCAGGAAGAAACUCCUUGCUACGAGUUCUGUUGAAGAGACUUUAGACUGGAUGCUUGAACAACAAAGUAAUUACGUCUAUACAUUUUUUGCAACUUAGUACAUAAAUUUACUGUUUAUUUUUUAACUAAUAUUUAGAUUUGGGGUUAAAUUUGGUCUAAAAAACUGGGGUAAAGUUUAGCCGUGUCUUUAUCAGAUAUAAAGACACUUGUUAAACAUUAUUUUUUAUGAAUUAUUAGUGACUUUUUUAAAUAUAAAUACAUCAAUUCUUUUAUUACGGCAAGGAGCCCAAAAGUGUAAUUGACCACUCAAGAAAAUACCAUAACACACCAUUAAAUGCUCUUUGUUUGUCACCCAAAAUUUUGCAUAAGCAUUGUCUUCAGUUUCUCUUGGGAGUUAAAAUGGCCCCAAGAGAAACUGAAAACAAUGCUUAUGCAAAAUUUUGGGGUCUUAAACAAAGAGCAUUAUGGUAUGGUAUGGUAUUUCUGGAGUGGUCAAUUACCUUUCAUUAACUCACAUUUUUUUGUACAGAAAUUACCCAUUUAGAAGUGUAGGACAGUUUCCAGCUUGCUUCUGAUCGGAAUAUAUAUCUGUACAAAAGAAUAUGAAUAAUUCAAAAGUGGUCACACUUUAAGGCUCCUUGCUGUAACACCUAUGUUUUUAGACCACAUUCAGUGAUAUUCAGGGUGACUGACCAACCUCAAAUUGUGGUGUGUAUCCUGAAAAUUUGUGUCACUCUAUAUCGUUAUCUAAGCAGUGUUAAGAAAUCAGAUAAAUUUUAAUGGCAGAAAUAUUUGAAAAAGAAAAAAUGGAUGGGAAUUGGAGUAUUAGCUUCAAAAUUUCUUUGUAAACAAGUCAACUUCAAGUAGUUUGGUUUAAUAGGCUAGUAUGUAUAGCCUUUUCAUGUGCCUCAUUUAACAGUUACACAUGUGUUCUUUCCUAGACACAAUUUACCAGAACAGUGUAAUGUUAAAGGACUUAGACCCAAGUGAAGCCUUGGAAACUUUCCGGCAAGCCACAAUAAUGAAACUGCCCUACCAAACAAUAAGGAUAAAUCGAGAUUCCCCUCAUUUUAUUAGAGAGGUCUUUAAGUUGUUCAAGAAAGGCAUUGAUGUGAAGAAAGCACCAGAUGUGGAAUUUGAAGGAGAGGAUGGAAUGGAUGCAUCUGGACUGACCCGUGAAUAUCUGUACUUAUUGAUGUCAAAGAUUAGAGGAGGUGAUGGUACAACCGUUUUGUUUGAGGGACAGCCAGGCCAUCUUUCCCCUUUGUAUGACGUUGAUUGCCUAGAUUCUGGCUUCUAUUUCUUUGUUGGUCAGGCAUUAGCACAAUCCUUUCUCCAUGGGGGAUACCCAUUUGUUGGUAUGUCUCAAGCAGUUGCCCACUACAUUAUCACAGAUGACAUUGAUGAAAGUAUUCCAUUUCUGGCAGUUGAGGAUAUCCCUGAUCCUGAAGUUAGAGAUGUUCUCAAAAAGGUAAUGUUAAAAGCAUUAGUGAUCCGGUAGUACAUCUGAAGUGCUAGCUUGAAAUUCAUUUUACACUGCAUUUUAUCCAGUGAACUCUUUAUUCCAUUUAUGAACUAGAAAAUGCACAUGAGCAUAUACAAUAAUAAUUAUCAUUAUUGUAUACUCUCGUGUGUAUUUUCUACUGGGCUAUUUACAAUGAUUUCUGUUGCCAGACCAUAAUUUAUGAUAAGUGUGACCUUUUUGUUAGAUUGCAAGGGCAUCAAAAGAUGAGGACUUUCAGAACCUGAAUGCAGAUGAAGGGGUUAGUAACCUGUUGAUUCAAUGUGGUUUUGUGAACAAGCUGUUGAACAAACAGAAUUCACAGCAGGCAUGCCAGAGAGUACUGGUCCACCAAGUACUGAUGUAUAAGAAAGAUCCUAUACAGGAAAUCAGGAGAGGUCUGCAGACAGCAUCUAUUACUUCCUUUCUGAAAGAUCACCCUGCACUUUGGAAGACCAUUUUUGCCACAGCUGCAGAUGUAAAACUUCAAUCUGAUUUGGUGGUGAGAAGCCUCAAGUGUGACCCUUCAGUGGGAGAAUUGAAUGAACAACAAGAAACAAUCCUAAACUGGUGUAAGGAGUAUGUUGGUAAUCUUCCAUCUGACACAGGUACUACAAAGGUGUUAUAAACAUGUCAGGAAAAAGUGGUGGAUUAUGAUAUCUGCUAAUAACAGUAUAAUUUUCACGUUUACAAUCUCAUUUUUUCUUGUUUGGAAAUUCUGUCAUUUCUUUCAAAACGCUUGCAACUCUGAGCUUUCCUGCGGAUAAUUUUGUUGAUAUAGUCAGUUCUAUUAUUGGGAUGGUCACUUAUUGUGUCAAUUUACAGCCAAGGAAAGACAUACAGAAAGGCAGGGACCAAUAAUUUUACUCUAAGUGUGUGUUUUCUUUACAGGCAGUUUUUUGUCCCAUGGAGGUGACUGUAAUAAUAGGGAGUUGACUGUACAUCCCAGGUGCAAUCAACUUGAUACUGAAAAGAAAGACUUAACUAAACCGAACAUAAAGACCUGCAAAAAAAUUAAUUUAAAUAUUGAAAACUUAAAUUAUUCAGAUAUUCAAGUUAUGAGAAAACAUAGUAUUCGAUUGGGCUUGUUCUAUCUUCCAAGCAAUACAGAUUUCCCUUUACAGUCAACUCCUGAUAAUUCGAACCUUCAAGGGAAACAGAAAAAGUUUGAGUUAUCAAGGGUAAAAUUAUAUAGAAAAUGUUCUGAAGGGAAAUGAAAAUUGCUUCGAGUUAACGGGAGGUUCGAGUUAGAGAGGGUUCGAGUUACCGGGAGUCAACUGUACCUCAAGCAAUGAUUUUCAUACUGAAAUUCAAAUGCAAAAGUGGGUUUACUGUGCCAGUGAAUGAGAUUACCGAGUUUACAAUAAAGCCAUAUUAAAAAUAAAAAACAAAUAGCAAACAAAACACAGUUGCAAUAACUAGAGGUAGGCCAUAAAGAACAUUUUGUUUAAACAUGUAUUCUUCCUUCCCAGAAUCAGAUUCAUCAACCAUUGAGAAGUUUGUACAGUUUGUGUUUGGAGAACCAACCAUGCCGCCACAACCAGUUUAUGUUAAGUUUAACCGACCUGGAAAGAGCUUGCCUGAUGCUGAUGCAUGCACAGGAACCAUCAGCCUUCCAAUUGAUCACAAGAUGAAAAAGGAUUUUACAAAAAGUUUGGAUAUAGUUUUAAACUUUCAACACAAAGGAUUUGGUAGAUGCUGA